AAACGAAAUCGGAUAAGAUUAACAAUAUCAACCAGCCCCCAGACGUUAUCUAAAGCCAAGUAGGAGAAAAUGCGUCAAACAAAAACGUUUUCUGCACUCGCAUUUGCAAAUGUCUAAAUUAAUUAAUGAAAUUCUUUUUCGAGACCUGAUAAGCAGGGCCAGGCGCGCGCGAUUGUCGUGGCAAGGCACGACAGUCAGGUCACAUGCGCUUAUCAGCGACGCGUGGUUUGCUUGGACUCUAAGCUCGAGUUCGGUGUCUGGGCAAGAAGCAUGAUUUAGAUCAUUGAUCAGUCCCUCGAAUUUGACAGCUAUUACCACAGACACACACACACGCGUUAUGUGGGUUAAAUUCAGUGCAGUACAUAUGUAUGUGUAAACCGGUUUAGUGUGACGGUCACCAAACGCUCACAUAAGCGCUCAAGAGGUAUUUGAAAGUGCAGCAACGCAAACGGAAUCAAUUGUAAUUAGUUUGCCAACAUGCAAAUGAUGACAUUGGCGGCUACUAUCACAGCGCCUCCGGCACUCCAGACAACAUCGUGCGAGGUCGUUAUGGUUCACGUAGUCCAGCGAGCGGGCAGAUCGAAGAGACCGUCUAUACAGCCGGACCACGUGGUUCAAGGAUAUAACUCAAGGCUAGCCUGCACUGGAGUUGACAACGAGCAAGAAACAAACAAACUAAAAAACAAAAAUUACAACAAUUUUUUUAGCGCAAAAAUGCGUCUCAUUGUGUUAUCAACACUUUUGCUUGCCUCCUGGGCUGCUGGACAAGCCACGGAUGCCGUCGAAAUACAAAGGCAAAGACUGAUCAAAUUUCCCGAGGAGUUUGAUCCGAAUGUGGCGCCGCCCACGUCCGACAAAGCGGACGAGGCCAAGCGCAUUCUCGACCAGAUUGCCAAGGUGAACGAGGCCUUUGGCUACGUGAAGAAGAAGCCCGAUCAGCCAAAGCUGCCGCCCAUACUCGACUCCAGUCAGUAUCUCUUCCCCAAGCCCGCCCAGCAGCCCUUCCACUCGCAGCAGCAUCAUUUCUCUGGCAGCAAUGGGCAAACGUUGCUGGAGCCCUCCAUUCGAGCUGUCAAGCUAACAAGGCAUGUCGUGGAUGCAUCCAGAGAGCAACAACAACAGCCUCUCUACUUCCGACCUAAUCAGGUGCAGCUGCCACAGCCAAGCUCAGCGCAGGAGGCACAGCAGCUGCCCGCCCACUUCGUCAUACCUGUGCAUCUGUACAAACUGAACAAGGAGCAGUAUUUGCGAGAGAAUGCACCGCAGGAGUAUCGUGUCAAGGGCUACAAGAUAAUUGGCGAUGUGGACAGCUUCUAUGGCAAAGCGAAGGGCCUGCUGCACGAUAAGAACCAGAAGCAGAGCAAGACAACGCCCAAAUACCAUUUGUUCUUUCUGCCCCGCGAGUUGGCCUUGAAUGAUGACGGCACGCCCAAACGCGGUAAGCCAACAGCGACAAGCACCACCACAACCACCAAAGUGCCUAGUUCCAGCAAGGAAUCUCGAUUCGAUUCGCGUGAGAAGCUUAUGCAUAAGCCACAGUCACUCCCACAGCCACAGAUACAGUCCCAGCUACAGCCACAGUCUGCUCCUUCUCGUAUGCCCGCCGUCGUCACACCAGAUACGAAUGGCAAUCGCAAGCGGAUUAGCGGAUUAGUUGGCAGCACAACCAAGCCAUUGCGUGGCAGCAGCAAGGAUGCAGAUCAGACUCAGCAGCUGCAGGCCAGUUCAUCUAGUCUCAAAGUGAGCUCUGCCCCAGGCCACAGUAAUAUUGCUCAGCAAACCACGUUGCCGCCAACAGGCGGACUGCUGCCCAAUCGCAAUCGCUUGAAUGUGUUCCGUGUGCCCAGCGUCAAUCUGGCCGAGAUGCAGAACCAGACCUCGACAGCCAUCAAAAACGCCUUUCAGAAUAUUUUCAAAAUGCCCUUCCGCACGCCUAUUGCGCUGACAGGAACAACAGCCACACAGCCAGUUGUGGUGCAGAGUGGAGCUCAACAAAAUACCGCCUUGUUGCAGGAUAGUCAGGAUGAUUACAAGUGGGAUGAUGAGCGGGAAGGCGGUGGUGAUGGUGACGGGGAUAUAGAUACCUUGGAGCAAAUGGAGAAUACGGCUGCGGAACAGGACACCAGUGCGGGAGCAGAGAAGCAUCUGUUUGCACACAAAACGCAUCACCUAAUGAACACAAUAGGCACUGUGGCCACCGCGCAUCAGGGCACCCAGAAGCAGGCUCUGCGAGAGGGCGGCAUCAUCAUUCAACGCUUGAAGGUGCGCAAGGGCGGAAUUGCGAUUGCAGGGCCGGGAGGCGUGGCUACAGCGGGUAGUGGCGGUACAGCAAUUGUGGGCCCUGGCGGUUAUGCCCUGACCCACCCGCGCAGCUUAACCAUUGCUGGUCCUGGGGCUAAGGUUAUUUCUAUACCUGCUGAUGUGGACCUGAAGGAUGCUCUCCAACGCACAGAUGUGGAUGCACAGAGCUUUCCACGUGAGGGCAAGGUGGUGGCUACAGGGCCCACCGUCUACUAUGCACCACCAACGGGCAUGACGGACGAUGACGAGGAAGAGAUGCAGGAAUUUGAAGCAUAAAUUGUAGUUGCCUGACUAAUUAGUUAGGAUCUGUUGUCGGCCCUGGUCUUCGAAUUAGUUCGAUUACAGUUAUCGAUUCCCAGGGCUGCCAGAAAGUUAGGAAUUGUGGCUGCCCUUUAGCUAUGUUCGAUUUUAAACCUAAUGACUGUUAGUAUUUUUGUAU